UACUUUAAAUGCGAGGUGGUCUUAAAGCAAGGUUUUGCUGUACAGCUAACUGGUGUGUGCACUUUGCUCCAUGGGUAUCUUCACCCCUCUGUCGAAGAUCAGCAAGGAUCCAGAUGACAGAAAAACCACAGCAAAAAGCUCCACAGUGAGAUCCUCUAGCCCCAUCCGGUCGCAGAAGAUCGAUCUGUUCCACGUUACCUUCAAGAUCAACGCAGGUGCAUCCUCCAUCAAAAAACACCUAGCAAAAAAGCCACCUGCAAACCCCCCAGUGGUAGAUACGCCCCCCACUACACAACCAGGCUCAGUCUCUUUACCUGGUUCCAGUUCUUCCUCCCCCUCCUCAUCUACCUCUUCCUUGGACAACAAACCUCAGCCCAGCCCCUGGCAGAGACUGGUCCACCCCUGGCCCAGGAACCCUGUCUGUACCAAGAGGCCCUCAGUCGUCAAGACAGCGCCCCCUUGUGCCAACACAACUGCCAGUAUCGCAAGCCUGUUUCACUGCUGCAACCCUCCUGCUGACUCAGGAGAGACGAAGAUGAGCACGUGUCCUCAGAAACACGCGCUGUCUUUUCACUCUGCAGGCUUACCAUGCAGCUACUAUACCUUUAAAGCUACAACGCCUGAGGACCAUGCAGCUGCAGGCGCCCGGCCACUCUACAGAGGCCACUGGUUCACGGUGAGCUGA